CAUCGUCGCGGUCAUAUCCAAAGAAUUUCUGUCCUUCGCCAUCGCAUAGUGUAUUACCUCCCAGAUCGGUCCACCCACUCACUCUAUCAUCAUGUCCGACGACGAGAACCUCUCCAUCUACGAUGAAAUCGAAAUCGAGGAUAUGACCUUUGACGAGGCGCUGCAGAUGUACCACUACCCGUGUCCCUGUGGCGAUCGAUUCCAGAUCCAACUCGACGACCUCCGCGACGAAGAAGAUAUUGCCGUCUGCCCGAGCUGCAGCCUGAUGAUCCGCGUCAUCUUCGACUUGGAUGACCUCCCUAAGCCUCCGCCGUCUGGCGAUUCGGGGUCCCAGAUUCCCAUCGCCGCCCGAGAACAUCGAGAAUAAGAUACACCUCCAAGACAACAUGUGAUGCUCAGCACAGCGGAAAUCUCCGCUCAGGGCAUCACUUCACGCUUCGCUUUGCGCGCGAUUCCCAUAUUCAGGUUCGCACUGCGCCCUUGACCUGUGCUACACAUGUGUACACCCGUACACGAUAGUAUUCCCACAGGGCUAGAGCAGCGAAUUUUGCCAAGGACUUGGUCAGACUUCCUAGCCUGUUGAUGCGGUCGGGCGUUCGGCGCUGCGAGAUGUCUGUUGGGUCUAGUUGAGGGCACAGAAGACCGGCUGCUGUUCGGCAAGGUCGCACACUCCCGAUCGCAGAGACCUAAAGGAUGUCUUAUCAGUGUGUCUGAGGGACAUGUCUGGCGUUGCGUGGCCUGCAUCAUGCGGCUACGGAAAUCACACACUUGACACGGAAUAGAGCAGAUAACAUGUAUCCAUUCGGUAGUUGAAACAUUUAUCAUUACCAUCGAAAGCA